UUAUUUCAACUCACAUCUCUUACCUCAUCCUUUUUCACCUACACCAAAGUAGGCAACGCAUUUUACCAUUUUACCCCUCGCCGGCGUGAAGAUUCCGAUUAACGAUCGUCGGAGGGAUUUCGAUGCAGCGCCGGCGUACCCACCCUCACAUCGCCACUCCUACAUCGGAGGUUGUUCUCCCGAAGCGCGGCAAGAAGCGUGGUGGCUACACUUGUGGCCGUUGCGGUGUACCGAAGAAAGGACACGUUUGUAAUUUCCCUAAGAACCUCAAUCCUAUUGAUAAUCCUCCCAUUCCUAAACCAGUCACCAUCCUUCGUCCUCCUCCUCCUCUUCCUCCGCCGCUGCCGCCGCCACCGACGGAGAAACGCCAUGUACUGCCGCAGCUCCGGCGAGCACUUUCAUUUGAUGACAUUGAUGUUAGUAAUCCACCUGGAUCUGAUGACGACCCUGAUAGCGAAUCGGAUCUAGUUGGGUCCGGGUCGGGGAAUGGGAAGUUGACAGGGAGUUGUUUAUGGGAAGUGUUUAAGAGAUUGCCGCCUCCGGCGUUGCUUACAUCGGCUAGGGUUUGUAAGGGGUGGAGGGAAACUUCUAGAAGGAUCUGGAAGUCUGCUGUGGAGCUUAGACUUCGGGUUCCGGUUAAUGCCCAGAUUGGACUUGUCGGGUCGGUGUUAAAGAAAUGUCCAGGGCUUGUUAAGCUUUCUCUUAGAAUGGAAAGUGACAUUGAUGCUACCUUGCUGGCCUGCAUUGCAUUUUCCUGUCCUAAACUGGAUUCAAUGGAGAUACUUACUUCUGAUACCUCAGUCAAUCGGAUAACUGGGGAUGAGUUGGGUCGUUUUGUUGCCGAGAAAAGAUGCCUUACUAAUCUCAAGAUGGAAGGCUGCUCUUAUCUUGGGGGUUUUACUCUUUGUUCAACCAGUCUUUCAACUCUUUUGCUUUCAGAUCUCUAUUGCCAUGCUAAGAUGGUCUUUAACUGCCCCAACUUGAUGGAUAUUUCCCUGGAUUUUUCUCGGCAAGAAAAUGAUACUACUGAUCUUACUCUCAUGGUGGAUGGUCUUGGAAGGAGCUGCCCAAGACUCCAGAACAUUCAUAUUGCUUCCAUCCGCCUAACUCAUGCUGUAGUGCUUGCUUUAACAGCAGCACAUCUAAGGGGGUUACGGAUGCUCUCUCUUGUACUGGGGUCAGAAAUAACUGAUGCAUCUGUUGCAGCUAUUGCUUCAAGCUACUCAAGCCUUGAGUUGCUUGAUUUGAGUGGGUCUAGUAUUAGCGAUAGUGGCGUUGGAAUGAUAUGCAAUGAAUAUCCUGAGACAUUAUCUAAACUUCUCCUUGCUCUUUGUCCAAAUAUCACUUCAAGUGGCAUUCAAUUUGCUGCAGCUCAGUUGCCUAAUCUGGAGCUCCUGGACUGCGGCAUGACCAUAAGUGAUCCUGAUUUGGACAAUCCAACAACUCAGGAAAAUAAUGACCUCCAGUUACAAAGAACACCCAAUAGUAAACUGCACCUUAUAUAUCAAAAACUGAUUAUUAAGCAUACCUGCCUGAAGAAACUCAGCUUAUGGGGAUGCUCUGCCUUAGAUGGGUUAUAUCUAAAUUGCCCAGAACUUAAUGAUUUGAACCUGAACUCUUGUAUAAAUCUGAAUCCAGAAAGAUUGUUACUCCAAUGCCCAAAUCUGGAACAUGUCCAUGCAUUAGAUUGCCAGGACACGACGGUUGAAACCCUUCGGAAUCAGGUAUCGACAGAUUUCAUUGCUGUGGAGGAUAAUUUUCAUUGCAAGCGUCUUUCUGAUGGCUCUAAAAGGAUAAAGGUUCCACAUUUAUUCAGCCCACAGCCAAUUGAGGAGAAGGGAAAGAGGACUUCGAAGCGCCGCUGUACUGUGCAUGUAAACUAGUCCAGUGCCUGUUUCUCUACUGGCAUUAUUAUGUAUUACUUGUGACUAUAGCUAUUAGAUGAAUAAGUUAUAAAAAACAGAUUUCUGGAUAUCAAUACAGGGAAGAAGUCAAUAAACUAUGCUUAGCAUUAUGAAACUUGUGACAAGAGGUCAUAUUUUGACAAGAAAAGUUUUUUUUUUUUUUU